AUGGCGCGUUUAUUCUUAGACCAAGAGCCGUUGACGCAGUAUAAAGACCGAAGAUUCGAGGGUAAUCUCGAGGAAUAUUUAGAUCGUUUGCGAACGUCGACGACGUUAUACGUCGGGAACGUUUCCUUUUUCACCACGGAGGAACAAAUACACGAAUUAUUCACCUUGUGUGGCCCGGUGAAGAAAAUCACGAUGGGAUUAGACAAACAGAAAAUGACGCCGUGCGGAUUCACGUUCGUGGAGUUUCACAACCGCAGAGACGCGGAGUUAGCGGUGAAACAUCUGAACGGGACAAAGUUGGACGACCGGGAAAUUCGGAUCGAUUUCGACUGGGGGUUUGUCGACGGGAGGCAAUUCGGCAGAGGUCGAUCGGGCGGUCAAGUCAGAGACGAAUACAGAACAAACUUUGAUAGCGGGAGAGGCGGAUACGGUCAGUUGUUGAAAGUAGAGCUGGAACGCGCGGAGAAAGAAGAGGAGUACGGUGGAGAUUUUAUAGAAGAUUACGACGGGCAACAACAGGAAUACGGCGGCGGAGGAGGAAGAGGAAGUCGGUCGAAGCGAAGAGACCGGGAUCAGGAGAUGGAAGACGCGGAUGCGCCGAGGAAACGAUGA